AUGGAGAUCGUCUACGUGUACACCAAGAAGCGCAGCGACUUCGGCCGGCCCUGCAACUUCUCCGACCGGCCGGCCGAGGUCACCGCGGACAUCCCGCCCGACCCCGGCGCGGCCGACGGCUUCGUGGCCAGGAACCCCGUGGACGCCCACGUGCAGCACGCCAGCGACAUGUCAGAGCACGAGGUGAACACGGAGAGGGUCGAGGUGGAGACCCGCGGCGUGAACCACACGGAGGGUGGCUGGCCCAAAGAUGUCAACCCGCACGAGAUGGAGCAAACCAUCCGUUUCCGGAAGAAAGUGGAGAAGGAUGAAAACUACAUCAACACCAUCACGCACCUUGGCACCCUGAUGGAGCACUGCAUCAAGCAGAACAACGCCAUCAACAUCUACGAGGAGUACUUUGGAGAGGAGGAGAUGGCCGAGGUGGAAGAUGAGCCCCCCUCUGCCAAAACCAUCAACGUCAUCAGGGAUCCAAACAUAACCAAAAGGACAGCGACACACCUCUCCUGGCACCCCGAUGGAUGCAAGAAACUGGCAGUAGCUUAUUCGAGUCUGGAGUUCCAGAAAAACAUGAAGGACAUGAGCUUUAACUCAUACAUCUGGGAUCUUGAAAACUCCAACAAGCCAGAGCUGGUUCUCAAGCCAUCAUCCCCUCUCGUGAGCCUGGAAUACAACCCCAAAGACUCGCACAUCCUGGCAGGCGGAUGCUACAAUGGGCAGAUCGCUUACUGGGACACAAGGAAGGGGGGGCUGCCCGUGGAGGUGUCCACCGUGGAGUUCAGCCACAGGGACCCUGUGUACGGAACGAUCUGGCUGCAGUCCAAAACCGGCACCGAGUGUUUCUCAGCCUCCACUGAUGGGCAGGUCCUGUGGUGGGAUAUCCGCAAGCUCUCUGAGCCCACCGAGACGCUGGUCUUGGACAUCACCCGGAAAGGGCUCCUGGAGAAUGCUCUGGGUGCCAUCUCGCUAGAGUUUGAGCCGACCAUGCCCACCAAGUUCAUGGUGGGUACAGAGCAGGGCAUCAUCAUCACCUGCAACCGCAAGGCCAAGACACCCCCCGAAAAAAUUGCUGGUACCUACAGCGGCCACCAUGGACCCAUCUAUGCACUGGCCAGGAACCCUUUCUACCCCAAAUUCUUCCUGACGGUUGGUGACUGGACUGCUCGGAUCUGGUCAGAGGAGAGCAAAGAAUCAUCAAUUAUGUGGACCAAGUACCACCUCUCCUACCUGACGGACGGGUGCUGGAGCACUGUGAGGCCAGCUGUCUUCUUCACGACCAAGAUGGAUGGGACGCUGGACAUCUGGGACUUCCUCUUCAAGCAGAAUGACCCCUCCCUCAGCCUGAAGAUCUGCGACGAGCCCCUCUUCAGCCUGCGUCUGCAGGACAACGGGUGCUUCGUCGGCUGCGGCUCGAAGCUGGGCACCGUCACGCUGCUGGAAAUCUCCUCUGGGCUCUGCACUCUGCAGAAGAACGAGAAGACCCUGGCCACGGCUAUGUUUGAGCGAGAGACGAAGCGGGAGAAGAUCCUGGAGGCCCGGCACCGGGAGAUGCGGCUGAAGGAGCGCGCCAAGUCGGCGGGCCGGGACGAGGAGGGGAAGGAGGAGAGGCUGGAGGAGAGCCAACACGAGGUGCUUGAGCAGGUCCGCAAAGAGUUCUUCGAGGUCAUCGAAGCGGAGCUGCAAAAGAGGGCGCAGGCAGAGGCCAAGCGCUUGCGUGCCAAGGAUAAAGACUAUACAAGUGAUAUGGGAGAGGAAGAGGAGGAAGGAGAGAGCAAGCUGCCUGAGUAUGAAGAAGAAGAAGAGGAUGAGGAGGAGGAUGCUACCAAGGAGCCGUAGCGAGGAAGCAGGACCGGUGGAUGGUGCAGAAACCUUCGUGUCGGUCACAGAUGCUCCCUGGCCCUUUGCC